AAGAACACGAGCGACUCCUCCGCAAAGUUUUCACCCGCCUCCGUACCCACAAACUCUACGCCAAGGAGUCCAAGUGCGAGCUGUGGCGUACAGAAGUCACCUUCCUCGGCCACGUCAUCAACAAGGACGGCGUCAGCAUGGAAGCCUCCGAGGUCGACGCAGUUAAUGCGUGGCCUCAGCCGCAAGAUCCGGGCGACAUUCGCUCGUUUCUCGGCCUUGCUGGUUUCUACCGUCGAUUUGUCCACCGCUUCUCACAGAUCGCCGCUCUGCUCAUUGACCUGUUAGUUAAGGACACUCCGUUUGUCUGGACUGACCGCCAUUCUCACGCGUUCCGCUCACCUAAGUACGCCCUAACCCACGCACCCAUCCUCCGCCCUUACGACCCUUCGCUUCCCUGUACGGUCGAUCUCGAUGCAUCGGAUUUUGCGGUGGGAGGGGUACUGUUGCAGGGUACGGACAGCGAACUUCUGCCGGUCGCGUUUGAAUCCAAGCGGCUCAACCGAGCUGAGCGGAACUACUCCGCACGCGACUAG